AUGAGUAAAGCUCAGUGUAGCAGGCCUACACAACUCUGGAGCGUUCCCCAGCUGUGCUCCACUCUGAACAGUGCGGGACAGGGCAGUGAUUUGGCUCGUGCGACCGGUGUGUGUGGAUCGCGUGCGAGGCGCCGCUUCUCGUGCCAGCGCUCCAGCUGCCUUCGCGCAGGAAGUGGAGCGAGACGACACGACGCAUGCGCACUGCGACCGACCAGCCGACGAUGCGCUCGGCUCGGUGGAAAAGAAAAGAGGAAAAGAAGAAGAAAAGUGUUGAGUGACCACAGUAACCAGAGCGUUGUGAUCACAAUGUCGGUGGGAGACGUAGUGAAGAUAAAGGAGGAGGAAGAUGUUCAUUGUGAUGGCCAUAAGACUCAGCUCAUCCUGCACCUUCAGUCUGUUUCCCAAGGGACAGAGAAGGAAAGAAGUACAACUGUUUUGGCUGUGGAGACUCAACAAGACGACAAUUCCGAGGGAGAUGAGGUUGAAUAUGGCUAUCCAAUCACCUGUGGUGACAGCAAGGCAGUUCUUCUGUUUAAGAAGUUUGUAUGUCCAGGAAUCAAUGUCAGAUGUGUUAAGUUCAAUGAUCAGCUUAUUAGCCCCAAGCAGUUUGUGCACCUGGCUGGCAAAGCUACACUCAAGGACUGGAAGCGAGCCAUCAGGCUUGGAGGAGUAAUGCUCAGAAAGAUGAUGGACUCGGGCCAGAUUGAUUUUUACCAGCAUGAGACUGUGUGCACCAACUCAUGCCGCAGCACGAAGUUUGAUCUGCUAAUCAACAGCACGCGACUGACACAGGGUGUGCAGCAAACACCAUCCUCCCCAGUUAUGGGACGGGUAAGCAUUGGAGAGGAGAUGCCUGACGAAACUGAUAGUGAUGUGGGUGACUCCUGGCCACCUCAAGAAAUGCCAGCUGCAAACAACGAAAAUGUCAGAAUGCACACAGAGGAGGUAUCUGAUGAAUCUUUGAAUCUGUGGAAGGGCAUUGCUGAGAUGGGGCUGAUGGGAGCAGUGGUAUCCACUAUUCGCUCAGAGCUGCUGGCCAUGCUGAGUGAAGUAGAGCGUCGGAGUGAGCAGGCUACCCUGCAAGAGUCAGAUGCAGCAGCUCUGAAUACGCUGACUCGGAUGUUUGGGCUACUGGAUUCAGUGAGGCAAGUCUUGGAUCUACAGCGAAAAAAGACUGAUGAGAACCAGCAGCACAUCCAUGACACACUCAACGUUCUUUCUGACCAGCUUAAUAAGCAGAAGACAAUGCUUGGUGUGUCCAAGCCCACUCCAAUCGAGCGACCCAGACUGCAGCGGCCUUCCUCCACCAGUGUGCUGUCCUCUUCACCAUCACCAUUCACUGUCCUCUCUCCUAUCACACUUGCCUCAUCCAGUCAGCCUCUGACAAUGGCUGGCCUGCCAGUGGCCAUGCUGGCCCAGUUGCCCUCUGGCAUCCAGCUGCUCCCUCAUCACACCAACAGCACUGCGAGCAGAGCAGGGGCUAUGACUGUAGCAUCCCCCAAUGGGCUCACAGUGCUUGGCACCGGUUUUGGGGAUGGGACCUCUGCAAUAGAGGUGCUUCACCUAAAGGGUGAGGGAGAUGAGGAAGAUAUGGUGUCAGUACUAAGGCAAGAUACUGGAGACUGGAGUGGCAGACAAACAAAGAACACAGCGCAGGAGAGCAGAGAAACAGGUGAUGUAGAGAGAGUUGUUGGUAGUGGAAAACUUAGCAGAAAACGGAGAAGGAAAAGUGAAACUUAUUUUUUUUAUACAGAGUGAUACAGUGCUAUAAAAAGGAAAAGAUCACCUUCUAUUUUGUUUAUUUCUAGUUAAAAAGGGCAUCAAAUGCAAUUUCAUUUAAGUGUUAUUUUGGAACAGAUAAGAAAAUCCACUUAGAUACGGAAGUGGAAAGUUAUUGUUAUGAAGCAGAAAAUGAGCUCAACUCUAGAUCUGGAAGAAAAUUGUUUUUGUCUGUCCUUCCAAGGAUGUAGAGCUUGCAAGAUAUCUUUACUAAGAUAUUUGCAAAUUAAAUUGCUGAACUACCCCAGAUUCCAGAUCUUGAUACCCCUAGAUUCCAGAUAAGUAUUAAUGUGUUUGAGAUGACGUGGAUGCUUGAAUUCAGAAAUUACUCAUUCUACUUACAAAACAACCAUAUCCUUUGUUACAGAGACUAAGGAUAAGGGGAGUGUAAGGUUUCCUGCCUCUUAAAAAAUCUUUAAAAAUGUAUAGUGGCAAUGUUUUGAAUGGAAAUAAAAUCAAUUAAUGGUGUUGUCCGACUUUUGCACAGAACUGUAGACAGUUAGAUAGAAAGAGUAACGUUUUAUGAUUGGCCAUUUUAUUUGAUAUCAUCCUGUAGAUGGUUAUAAAGUGUAUAAGAUAUGCAAGAUAUAAAUGUAAGGAAACCAUGUUUAGUUUAGUUUUAGGUUUAUUUGUAGAUGCUGUACUUGUGAUGUCACUGUUGCUCUGCUGUUAACUAUUUAAAGUUUCGUUGUUUUAUCAUGUACCUUAAUUUUUAUCUGUUCUGUUCUUUUUAAAUGUGCUUGAAAGACAUUAGAAAUCUAGCAGUAUUCAUGCGUCUGUUUGCAUAAAGUUGUCUGGCUUUAGCUGACCAAUCCAACAUACAUGUACAGUUUUCAAUAACAAGGAAAGAUACAAGGAAAGAGAAUAUUACUUUCUGUGCUAAAACCUUUCUGAUCUCAUAGGAAAAAUAUUUUUAUAAUCUGUGUUUAUAACUUUGGCUUUGUAUCAGUGUACAACUACACUUCAACUUUAAUGGAUUUAGACAAAAAUAGUCACAUAUUGAUAUUGAUGGAUUCUAUUUUACUAUAUUAUUAUUAUUAUUAUUAUUAUUAUUAUUUUCUGUAAAUAGGUUUGACAGGUUUCAUUUGUAAACCUGGUUUAUAGCUUCAAAUGAAAUAGGUUAUAUCUUAUGUUAAGUCUACCCUUAUAUCUGAUGUGUCUAGAAACUGGUGCUAAAUAUACCUCACUUACUUAUAAUUAAACAAGACUUUGUCACUGGGUUCGGAACCCAACUUUACACUUCUAUUUGAUUUAAUAAGCAAGUAGCAUCUUGUAAUGUUAUAAAAAUAUAAUAGAAUCCCGUUAAGUUGUGUGCACAUGUAGCAGUUAUAUUUCUACUGGUAAAAGUUACUUUAAUAUUUGUACAACAAUGUAAAUACAUUAAUGUUUUUAUGCUAUAAAAGCAUGUAAAUAAAAUUAUACUGUAAUUUGCAGAUACUACUGAA